AUGGUUCACGCUUCUCUCUGGCGAUUUCGUCUUCAAGAAUUCCCUUCGCGUAUUCGUAAUCUCUGUUUCCACACUUGUCCAUGUCCAUACACAUCGAUUUCUCCUCCGAGGAUCGUUUCAGUUUCCCUUGCGAUUAGCAAUGAUCAAUCCCUAUUCCAUUUCUUCGAUCAUGUUCUUCGAUUAUGCUUGACGUCUCAGCAAUGCCGGCAAGUUCAUGCCAAAAUACUUGUAUCGGAUUUCAUCUUCCGUUCUGGGUCAUUAGCUGCGAGUCUCGUAUCGGUUUACUCCAGAUUAGGACUCAUUCUCGAUGCCCGUAACGUGUUUCAAACUGUUUCGUUUGUUUUGUGGUCGGAUUUGGGUUUGUGGAACUCGAUUCUGAAAGCCAAUGUAACUCAUGGAUUACACGAGAAUGCUCUUGAGCUCUACAAUGGAAUGCGUGAACGAGGUCUUACAGGGGACGGGUUUAUUUUACCUUUGAUCCUUCGAGCUUGUAGGUACUUAGGACGUUUUGGUUUGUGCAGGGCUUUGCAUAGUCAAGUUAUUCAGAUUGGUUUGCAAGAGAAUCUUUAUGUGGUGAACGAGUUGCUUGCGUUGUAUCCAAAAGAUGGGAGAAUGGGAGAUGCCUACAAUCUGUUUGUUGAAAUGCCUGUGAGAAACCGUAUGUCUUGGAAUGUUAUGAUUUCAGGCUUUUCUCAAGAGUAUGACUGUGAAAGUGCUGUUAAGAUUUUUGAAUGGAUGCAACGUGAAGAGUUUAAACCAGAUGAAGUGACUUGGACUUCACUUUUAUCAUGUCACUCUCAAUGUGGGAAGCUUGAAGAUGUUAUCAAAUAUUUUGAUGUUAUGAGGAUGAGUGGGAGUGCAGCUAGUGGCGAAGCUCUUGCUGUUUUCUUCUCUGUAUGCGCUGAAUUAGGAGCAUUCAGUAUCGCUGAGAAAGUCCAUGGGUAUGUAAUAAAAGGUGGGUUUGAAGAGUAUUUGCCCUCAAAGAACGCAUUGACAUACGUGUACGGGAAACAAGGGAAAGUUAAGGAUGCACAAAUGUUGUUCCGGCAAAUAAGAAACAAAGGUAUAGAGAGCUGGAAUGCUUUGAUAACAUCGUUUUUGGAUGCUGGUAAACUAGACGAGGCUCUUUUAUUAUUUACCGAGUUGGAGGAAAUGAAUGAUUUUUGCAACGUCAAGGCUAAUGUAGUUACCUGGACCUCUGUUAUCAAGGGUUGUAACGUGCAAGGAAGAGGAGAUGAUUCACUUGAAUAUUUCCGAAGGAUGCAGUUUUCCAAAGUACUGUCUAAUUCAGUGACAAUUUGUUGUAUACUAUCCGUUUGUGCGGAGCUUCCAGUUUUGAAUCUCGGAAGAGAGAUCCAUGGCCAUGUAAUCCGGACCUCAAUGAACGAGAACAUUCUGGUUCAGAAUGCAUUGGUGAAUAUGUACACAAAAUGUGGGUUUCUCAGUGAGGGGAAUCUAGUAUUUGAAGCAAUUAGGGAUAAAGAUUUGAUCUCCUGGAACUCAAUGAUUAAUGGUUAUGGUAUGCAUGGGCUUGGUGAGAGAGCUCUAAGUAUGUUCGAUCGAAUGAUAAAAUCCGGGGUUCAUCCUGAUGGAAUCGCUUUGGUAGCUGUUCUUUCAGCCUGUAGUCAUGCAGGGCUGGUUGAAAAGGGACGCGAGAUUUUCCAUUCGAUGAGCAAGACAUUUGGUAUAGAGCCCCAACGAGAACACUAUGCAUGUAUUGUUGAUCUCCUUGGUCGUGUAGGAUUUCUGGAAGAAGCUAGUGAGAUUGUGAAGAACAUGCCUAUGGAGCCCAAUGCCUGUGUCUUGGGAGCUUUACUAAAUUCUUGCCGGAUGCACAAAAACACGGACAUUGCAGAGAAUAUUGCAUCACAACUUUUCAGUCUUGAACCGGAGAUGACAGGAAGCUAUAUGUCGCUGUCUAACAUUUACUCUGCUGGUGGAAGAUGGGAAGAAUCUGCAAAGGUUAGGGCUUUAGCCAAGAAAAGGGAUCUUAAGAAAGUUUCUGGAAGCAGUUUCAUUGAAUUGAAGAAGAAAGUCUACAAGUUCUCAUCAGGAUCAACAGUACAGAGCGAGUUUGCUAGCAUCUACCCGGUUCUUGAGGAUUUGGUUAGUCAUAUGUGGAAGAAAGGUCCUACACACGAUGGGAACAAUUACGAGGAUGAUCUUGACUUAUGGACAGCGUAA